AACGAUAAGAAUUUUAUACUCGAUUUCUAACCAUUUGACUUAAAAUUUCAUGGUGAUUUUCAGUUCCGAUGUUUACACCAUGUUUACACGACCGAGAAACUUCUGUGGUUUGAAAAAAAAACACUUCAUAAUUUCUAUUGCAAGCAUAUAUAACGUGAAAAUAGUAAAAAUCGGGCUCAGUUUGAUAUUAAGUCUGUUUAAAAACGUCAAAACAAAAAAUAGGUAUACAAUGUUUUCUAUUAAGUUAUUAGUAUUAAUUCUAUCAUUCGCCACUACCAUUAUAUCAAACCCUAUAGAAUACCAAGAUUCAGGAGUGACAGGUUCAGAAGGCAAUCAUGGUAGAGUGCAAAUCAAAGUUUUUAGAGGCCCUACUGAGCAUGAUGGAGAUGAGACAUACGCACCUUGGGGCUAUUGGGUUAAGCAGCCUGCUGAUGUCAAUCAAUAGUUGCUCAUUCUCAUUAUUAAUUUAUUACUUUGUAUAUUUAAGUGUUUCAUUCGUCAAAACUAUUUUUAACUAAA